AAAAGCGCUUCUUUGAGUAGUCCAUUCCAAUAGCUCAUGCUGCUGUUAUUUCAGCGGCGGCGCGCUGAUUGGCCGCCGAGCAGCUGGCCUGAAUUAGCGGUGGGUGGCGUUCGCCUCUAGCACACUAUAUGUAAUAUGCGAGUCCGGAGCGUUCAGAGAGACCGAGGAGGAUCGGAGGCACUCGUGCGAUCGCUAAGACAGAGCUGACUUUCUACGGUGCGCUCCUUCAUUGAACAGUACAGAAGCGAGGAUGCGGUCACUCAAGUGCGCUGUUAUAAGCCUGCUGCUGGUGCUCUGCCUGCCGCUGCACCAGAUCGCACAGGCUUGCUCCUGUGCCCUGUCUCACCCGCAGGAUGCCUUCUGCAACUCGGACAUAGUUAUCCGGGCCAAGGUGGUGGGGAAGAAGCUUCUCAAGGAUGGCCCGUUCGGCACCAUGCGAUACACGGUCAAGCAGAUGAAGAUGUAUAAAGGAUUUGAUAAGAUUCAACAUGUCCAGCACAUCUACACUGUUGCUUCUGAGAGCUUAUGCGGCGUCAAAUUUGAUGUCAACAAAUACCAGUACUUAAUCACAGGCCGUGUGUAUGAUGGCAAAGUGUACACCGGACUCUGUAACUUCAACGAGAAGUGGGAGCAGCUGACCCUGGCCCAGAAAAAGGGCUUCAACCACCGGUACCAGCAGGGCUGCAACUGCAGGAUUAAAGCCUGCCACUACCCGCCCUGCUUUCUGACUUCCAAGAGCGAAUGCUUGUGGACGGACAGGCUUUCCCACUCCGAAUUCCCCGGACACCAAUUCCGUCACUUUGCCUGUAUCCAGCAAAAGGAGGGACACUGCACCUGGUACAGAGGAAGCCUGACCCACAAAAAAAAGCCCCCGGCACCCCUGAGCCCCCAGCCCACCCCCCUCGCCACCCGUAGGGUGCCACCCAACUCUACGGCCGCACCGUGACGCUCUAGUGGCGGCGGCACAGCGGCAGCGCUCAGAUCUAAAGCGAUACCUUUCCGUUUCGGCUCACCGACUCCCUUUGCUUCUAAGGUCGGCCAAACGCUGCCGUAAAGGACAGAACCAAAAGCCGCACACCGGACAUGCGUAAAUGCCGCGGCCGCCCAGCGGGGCCGCUCCUUCAAGAAGAGCCUGACCAUAGACGCUUGCGGCGACAUUAUAAGUGACUUUCCUAAGCUCAGCAUUAUGUUUGUGCUUCCAUUAAGCUUUCAAUGUUCAUUCCCCGUACCUAACCGUAUAGUGUCCACUAUCACCAGCGAGGACAAUGGUACCGUAACGCAGGCUUUAUUAGAACAACGCCACCUCCUCCUUGCCUCUGAGGUAUUUGUCAGCAAUGUUCAUAUCAGCUAUUUAAAAAUGAUUUCGAAAUAUCGAGGAUGUAGUAUAUAUGUGCGUGAACUUGUCUGUUCACAGUGCAAAUGGUAAAUAUUUAUUUAUGUUUUGGUUUCUGAACCCCUACUGUAUGUGCUCGAUAAUCUAUAGACAUUCUUAGUGCUAAUUUAUUCAUACAAGUAUUUGGUUAAUAAGCUGAAUGAAGAUUUUAAAAAAUAAAUAAAUUCAUGCAUCAUUAAUGAUGAGCUCCAUAAAAUGAACAGAUGGGUUACAUAUGGUAUAGAUUUUUAUUAUAAAAAAAAGUAUUUAUGAUGUCAGGUCUGUACUGAUUUGAAGACUCCUUAUAAUAAUUUUAUUUUUUUAAUGGUACCUCACCCUUUUUAUAACUUUCUACUAAAGAGCAAGCACUUAUUCAUUAGAGAAAAAAUAUUUUUUUUUCCAUUAAACUAAAAGUUUUACCCUUCUGUUCCCAGUGUUAAGCGUUGUGAGUCACUGUCCGGUUGUGUAGAUUCUCCAUCACUCCCAUCAUCACUAGUCCUGUGUAUUUUAGUUCUACAUGCUAUAGUAAGAUUCACACCAAGUUUUCAUGGCAAGUUUUACUAAUGUCGCUGUUAUCGUUGGCAUUUCUGUAUAGACUGCUUAACAUGGGAAGAAAUCAUUGCCGCCUUGAUUAAGGCGCAAUUUAACCAAUGAUUGUACUGUUGACGACGUCUGUUUCUAUGUGUGCACACACAUUCUUUGAGCUUCUAGCUCUUGUAGGAGCUACAGAAAUGUUUGACUUUUAACACUCUCUGUUUUAUAUUUUUAUAAUAAAGAAUUAAUGAAAAGUA